AUGGCAAGUUCAGCCGCCUCAUCUGUGCGACCGCCAAGGCCCAAGAAAGAACUGCAGGUGCUCAUUAUCCCCAAAAAUGCGGCAGAGGAGCAGAAGCUUAAGCUGGAGUGGCUCAUGAAGAACCCAGAUAAAGCAGUUCCAAUUCUGGGGAAAAUGAGUAAAUGGGCACCUCGACCUCCCCCAGAAUUUGUCCAAGAUGUAAUGGGUUCAAGUGCUGGGGCUGGCAGUGGAAAGUUCCACGUGUACAAUCAUCUGUGCCGCAGAGAGUACCAGCGACAGAACUACAUGGUUGCCAUGGUUGAGAAGAAACUGGAUGCAGAGUUUCAGAAAAGACUGGAAAAGAAUAAAAUUGCUGCAGAGAAGCAGACUGCAAAGCAUCAGAAAAAGUGCCAGAAAUUAAAAGAGAAGGAAUUUGUUGGGGAAUUACUGGAAAAGAAGAUGAAACUUGAGCAGAAGAAUCAAAAAGAAGGUCUAACAGCAACCCAGUAA